CAAUGAACAACAUCCGAGCCACCAAGGCCAUCAACGAGAAGGAACUUGCACUAGGAAUCCAAGCUUCGUGGCAUGACGAUUACAAAGACAGUGCAUACAUUUAUAUCGGAGGUCUUGAUACUGGUCUUACAGAGGGCGAUGUGAUUACGAUUUUCUCACAGUAUGGCGAGCCAGUGGAUAUCAACAUGCCUAAAGCCAAACCAGAACAAACUAAAAACGAAUCAGGUAACCCCGAAGAAGCAAAAUCACAAGUGAAAACCAAAGCCGGACCUGUCAAAUCGAGAGGAUUUUGUUUCUUAAUGUAUGAAAAUCAACUUUCAACCAAUCUUGCAGUUGAUAAUUUAAAUGGAGCAAUAGUGCUUGGUAGAACAUUAAGAGUAGACCAUUGUAAAAAUUAUAAA